AUGGACACACGCUGGCUGUCGCUCGUCUCACCACUUCCACCACCGUUCUUCACUCUGCCACAUCCAUUACCGCAUCCAUUAAGCAUCGGCAAUAUGACGUUUCCUCCACGGAUUCCAUUUCUACCGCAUGUUGCUCCGUUGCGUAAAAAAGACAAAUCGAAGCAGUUUCUUGUUGAACAACUACUGCCUAGUGAAGAUGAAAAACAACCACCAUCACCAUUGGUUCAAUUCACCAAAUCACUUCCAACGGUAAGUUUAAAAUGUCAGAAUCUCAUUCCUCCAUUGUAUUGA